AUGGCUUACAGCCGCCCGCCUUUAGAUUCCCCAGAGGAUGAGAAGGAAUUCAGUGUCUCGCAUAUUCGGCUACCCAGCCCACCCCAGUUAACCAAUGUAUUCAAUACCAGCGGGUAUGAACACUUGGAUCUCGGCAACAAUGGAGAUGACGACUCCAUCCAGGAGGGUGCGAAUUCUCCGCAAGACACAAUCAACAGCCUGGGUAUUUUUCCAGACCAAAAAGCCAGGGCUGUCAGAGUCCGCAGAGUGUCUGGCGUAGACAAGUCCCCCGAUGUCACGUCUGCUUCUGAAGUGGCCUCGCCCGAUUCCGGCAGAGGCCUGCUCGACUCUCCAGCAAGCUCGAGCGGGAGGUCGCCAGGAGGGUCUCCUUGGGCGGGUAAUAGAUCGACAAGCAUAUUCCAAAGACUCAUGUCCAAGAAUGGAAAUGAUGAGAAGGCCUCACUGAGAGAGAAUGCGAGGCCAUUUUCUUAUUCUCCGGCCCCGAAUACGCCCAUGGGCAUCUUGAAUAACAGUCCUUCAACAGACGCUGAGCCUGGGCAGGAGUAUUCUGAUACUGAAACAUUCAACAAGAGAUUCGGCGCACCCCCGACAUACUGCAGGGCCAAAACGGACAUUUGGAAAAAAAGCAAAGACCUAUUGAUGAUAGUUACCGCCGUGUACUCCCUAGUUAUGGGUAGCAUCUUAUUUGCCAUAUCUAUUCGGCAACCUCCUGUGUCUGCCAUUGGUCUGGUCGGCGGCGUGAAGGCUUCUACGGCAGGGUCGUUCGUUUCGUUGGUGGGAAAGACGGUCGAAAUCACCUUUGCCGCCGCGUUUGUAUUUUGUCUCGGCCAAGCAUUGAGUAGGCGAUCUGUUUCCCGCAUGACCAAGGGCGUAACGCUUUCCGAGAUGAAUAUGAAGGACUGGAUCAACUCGCCAGGCACCAUAGCGCUCCAGUACAAGUCGACCUGGUUCUCGAUACGGUCCCUGCUUGGGCUUUUGACCUUUGUCGCGACGCUCGGGGUGCUAUUCUAUACGACUGCAAUUAACACCAUGGUUGUUCCAAAGCUGAAGAAAAUGCCCAUCGAAUCCACAACAUUGAAAGGCGAAGUUUACACGUCGUACGGAAAUAUGCCAUACGGCAUGACCAAAUGCCCCAUUCUCUUCGGGAAAAAUGACCCUGAUGGCAAGGAUGGCUGGGGCUGUACGAGUAUAGAGUUCUGCGGCCAAUCGUAUACCGAUUUGCUGGGCUUUAUGCAACGUUGGUUAGACUUUAAGAAGCUUGCAGUCUCGCAGCCGCUUGCCCAGCGGCCGACACCUUCAAGCUUGCUGAACGGGAAUAAGACUAUGGAAACCUCGUGGAUCGAGACCGAGCACCGCAACGUGACGACCAACUUUCACAAAUAUGGACGUAUCAUUGACAAUGUCACCAUGGCAAUGCCACACCCUGGCGUUUUCAGCGCUGCCGAGCUGCCGAGAAAUAAUAUGCCGCGCGUACAGGACGGCUUUGUCGGAGAGGUGGCAAUCAAUGCCAGCGUCGUGUCCCCCACUGUCAACGUCAUGUGUGUCAAUUUGAAGAAGGAAGAAAUCGCGCCUUUAGUCUACAUGUCGUGGCCGAAUAGCAGGAAGGACCAUAGUAAAGUGAAGGGUUACGUCGUGCCAGCGGAUGGCUGGUUAGCCGACUACCCCCCCUGGGGUGAGGUUGGAAAGAAGGGCAAUGUUCCAAACAAAACGGUGGUGGAUGAUAUAUUUAAAUGGGGACCAAAGUACGGGAGAACGCCACCCAUACUAUCGACGUUUCCGCCAGCCAUGAAUAUGGUGUCAAAUAUGUCCGUCAAAGGGUCCGGAGGCGUUUACAUUCUCAUCAAAAGCCUGGACAUAGAAGAUUACACUCUUUGCGAGGCACGAUCGUGGCUGUCAGAUGUUUGCUCGACUCAAAUUCUCAUCUCCGGUACUCAUGGUGCUUCUUUGAAAGCAAUAUGCGAGGACCCUGAUGACAAAACUGCCUAUAACCGCAUUUAUCCAACGUCCAAGGGCCCCGCUACACCAGAAUUGGGUUGGACCGAUGUGGCCGCAAAUUGGUCUACUUCUAUGGAUGUGAAUGGCGGGCUUCGUGUAAACAAUGGCUCCAACGCUCGAAUCCUAUCACAACUCGUUCUGAAGGAGCCCAAGAUUGACUCUUAUUUUCCGACUAUUGCCGAAGCUUUGUCUGCGUAUCUCGCCUCGACUGUCGUGAUGAGCGCCAUUGACUCGCCAUUCCACCAUGGUUGGGAUUAUCCAACCAAAAUGCUUGAUGCUGCUGCCACUCAAGAAUUUAAAGUCAGGCAACAAACGACACAGUAUGCCGCAGGACAUACUGAGACAUGGCAGCAAGUCUGGUACAUUAUCCUGUCCAUUGUACCGGCGCUUAGUUUAUUCUGUCUCCUGUAUAUGUUGCUGAACGGCGGUGUCAUCACUGACUUUACCGAACCGAAAACGCUAUUCACCCUGGCUCUGAACAGUCCUCCUAGCGCCCAGAUCCAUGGGAGCUGUGGAAGCGGCCCAGAAGGCAGAGACCUUGUCGUGCCCUGGAGGGUGUCGUACGAGCCGGAACUGCAUCAUUACUUCUUUGAAGAGGCAAACAACAAACCAUGGAGGGGCAAGUACUCCAGACAGGAAUUGCAUAUUCCAGGGCCAGGAGAAGACUAUAUUGGGGCCAACUAUAAUAGGCUAAGUGCCAGUAGAUUGAAAUUGUAA